UCCACGAGCAGGGCCCAGCCUCGAGGAAGAGCUGGAGGCCCCCCUAACCAGGACGUUCCCCUAGGCUCAAACCUCAUUCCAGAAAUCUCAUGUCUCUCGACCUCUGGGACCCCUUCCCUCAGACUUUCUGGGAAAAUUCAUCCUUCGUCAACACCAGGAUCGACUGGAGGGAAACCCCGGAAGCCCAUGUGUUUAAGGCCGAUCUUCCCGGGCUCAAGAAGGAGGAAGUGAAAGUCGAGAUCGAGGACGACCGGGUGCUCCAGAUGAGUGGAGAGAGGAAGGUGGAGAAGGAGGACAAGAGCGACAACUGGCACCGAGUGGAGCGAAGCAGCGGGAAGUUCAUGAGGAGGUUCAGGUUGCCCGAGAAUGCGAAGAUGGAUCAGGUCAGGGCUUCGAUGGAGAACGGAGUGCUCACCGUCACUGUUCCCAAGGUGAUGGAGAGGACGCCUGAGGUCAAGGCCAUUGAGAUCUCUGGUUGAGUCUGUGAUGGUGAAACUUCAUAGUGAAAUCGUGGCUUUGUGGGUGCAGCGUCUGUGCGUUUCGUCUCUCUUUUGUGUUUCGAGAGUCGUGUAAAUGUGGGCAGUUGUCUCUGAUACACACCGUUGAUGUAGCCAGCAG